AUGCCUUUUGCCUCGGUCCUGGUGCUUCUGUGCGUCCUGAGCAUCCCUGGGGGCUGGGGCUGCCUGCAGUGUGACCAGUCGGUGCUGAGCGCCCUCAGUCAGCUGCGUGCAGCCCUCAUCCCCAAGCGCUUUGAGGACGAAGCGCUGCUGGCGCGUGCGCAGACCCUGCUCUUGGGCAUGGAGGGGCCUUUCUUCAGGGACUACUCCAUGAACGCCUUCGUGGGGAAAGUGGGCAUGGAUCGGCUGACAAAUGUGGCGACAUCCUUCAAAAGCCAAAUACAGUACAUAAAUGCUGGCUCUCAGAGAGAUGGUCCUCUGCUGGAGGAGCUGGUGAGCCUCAGGGAGCACACCAUCAAGGAGCUGAAGAAAGCACUAAGAGCUUAUGAAGAAAAGGCCUGCGACCACAAGAUUUGUCGCUUGAUCAAAGAAGAGGUUCUGGACUGUUUACGUUGCAAGAUAAUCACCCCCAGAUGCAUCAAAGAAAAAUAUUGCUUUGUGGAUGGGCAGCCCCGCAUGGCUCUCAAGUUCCAGUUUGACGGCAAGCUGAGGAACAUGGCGGUGGUCGGCGACUUGGUGACUGUGGGACUGGCUGUCCUAGUCUUCUUGGUCAUCCUGAUUGCGGCUUGUACGUACAGGCAAAACCGAAAACUCCUGCUGAAGUAG